AUGAACCUCAGACCUAAUACCAUCAAUUUCUCCUGUGUGCUACAGAUGCUGCUGUUGUCACUGCUUAUGACCACUCUGCUUGCCUCCAGCGAAGAAAGUACAGGAGCAGCAGAGGACAGGCACAUUGAACUUCGCUGCAUGUGUGUGAACGUCAUCUCUGGUAUUCAUCCCAGCAAUAUCCAAAAGUUAAACGUGAUCAGGGCAGGACCACACUGUGCCCAAGUCGAAGUGAUAGCAACACUGAAGGAUGGGAAUGAAGUCUGCCUGGACCCAGAAGCUCCCAGAAUCAAGAAAAUAGUACAGAAAAUUUUAGAAGGUGAUGGACCAACUAAUUAG